CGAGAAUCAAGUGUUUGUCUCAAAUAUCCAGACCUCCCUGUCUAAUCCUUGUCAAUUAGGUCUACCGGGUAGUUGUCGGUAGGGUAAUCGAGAUAGGUUUGUCUCGGGUGUCGAGACCACUCCUAAUCAAUUAUGCAUGUCUAUAUACAGGGUCCGAGGAAUUAUCAGGAAUCCCAGUACGAUGUGUCAUCAGACCACACGAGCGUCAGGCUCGUUCCUGCGCAAACGCCGCGCGUACCAUAUGAUCGUAUCUAUUUACUCAGUCCAAGGAUUUUGAGUCACACAGAGUCGAAAGAAAGACGGCAAAUGCUGGCCGUCAGAAGACCAGUGUUCGUCCUUCGAGGGUAUAAAGGCAGCUAGAAAAGUCAGCUUAAAGGCAUCAAACAUCACUCACUUGUGUCUGGACCUCCUCACCUGAACAUCAUGCACGCUUCAUUCUUCACCGCCAGACUCGUUGCACUCGCCGUCAUUGCCUCAGUUGUUUCUGCUAAGGAUGCCCUCCCUGCUGAUUGUGACCGUACUGCAACUGUCAAAGCUGGAGAGACAUGUAGCGACAUUUGCGCAAAAUACGGCGUUCCCACAUACCAGCUGGCGGCAGUUAACAAAGGCGUCAUUGACCCCACCUGUACUAAUUUGGUUGUCGAUCAAGUUUUAUGCCUUGGAAUCAAAGGCCAUGAUUGCAAAGCUACCCAUGUUGUCAAGAAAGGCGAGACAUGCCACAGCAUUGCAGAUGCAAAUGAUAUCGAGUUCGACACGUUUAUUUUGAACAACCUGAGGGAGGGCUUCAACUGCACUUACAUGAGGCCUGCCGAGGUUCUCUGCAUUGAGACCGAGGUCAUUAGGAGGAAAUAAUCAAGUUGAGCCGAGAAGCUGGAAGUGGUAUAUAGGCUGAAUGUUAUA